AUGGAAGCGUCAAGAAUGUGUUUUGGUCCUAAAUCUCUCGGUGGCGUUCGAAAGCUCCCUCUAUGUAUUAAGGCCAACAUCUCUCUUCCUUGCUGUUUGCUUCAAAACCAGACUCUUUCCUCCAAGAAACCCACAAAACACGACUCGUUCUGUGUCAAGGCUGAAACUGAGAGUAGUGGUUAUCUUGAGAGCACUCGUCCAUUGACUUCCUUUUCUCCAUCUUUUUGGGGAGAUCACUUCCUCUAUGUUCCUGUCGAUGAAUCCGAAUUCGAGGCCGUUGAGCAUGAAAUCGAAUCUGUGAUGAAGCCUAAAGUGAGAGACAUGCUCAUGUCUCUUCACAUCAGCGACAAGGAGAGGAUUCGUCUUAUCCAUCUGCUUAUCAGCCUAGGUAUCUCUCAUUAUUUAGAGAGCGAAAUAGAAGAGAUUCUACACCAAGAUUUCCAAAAUCUACACGGCUUGAUUUCGAAAGAAUAUGAUCUUGAAACAGUCGCAAUCAUGUUUGAAGUUUUCAGACUACACGGACACAAGUUGUCGUGCGAUGUGUUCGAUAGAUUCAAAGGAGAAGAUGAGGACUUUAAGGAAAGUGAAGCAAAAGAUGUUAGAGGAAUGCUACAGCUUUAUGAAGCUGCACAUCUCGGGACACCAUCGGAAGAUAUAAUGGACGAAGCACUUAGCUUUACACGGCUUCACUUGGGGUCUUUGAACAAGCAAGAAACAAGCUCCAAUCUCUUUAAGCAUGUACAAAACGCUUUGUACAGCGCUCGGUACCAUAACAUAGAGAUACUAGUGGCACGCGAGUACAUCUCUUUCUACGGCCAAGAACCAGGCCAUGACAAGACGCUCCUCAAGUUUGCAAAGCUCAACUUCAAUCUUUGUCAGAUGCAUUACAUCAAAGAGCUGAAGAUUAUCACCAAAUGGUGGAAGGAGCUAGGUAUAGCGGCUAAGCUACCUUAUAACAUAAGGGACCGAACUGUCGAGACCUAUCUUGGGUUGAUGGGGAUGUUUUUCGAGCCGAGGUAUUCACUAGAAAGAGUCAUUGCGACUAAACUUACAAUGGUCAUGACUGCUGUGGAUGAUACAUGUGAUGCAUAUGCAACUCUUCCCGAAGUUAUAAGUCUUCAUGAUGCUUUCCAAAGGUCGGAUCUUGGUGCUGUGGAAGAACUACCAAGCUCUAUGAAAAUCGUCUACCAAAAUGUGAUUGAAACUGUGGAAGAUAUUGAUCGAGAAAUGAGAGCUCGAGGAAAGUUUGGUAGAUUGCAACAAACUAUAGAUGAGACUAAGAGUCUGAUGAAACUGUAUCUAGUGAUAGCAAGAUGGGCACGCGCAGGUCACGUGCCAAGCUUUGAGGAUUACAUGGAGAAUGGAGUCCCUGCGGCUGCAAUGGAGGACUUGGCAGCCUACGGGUUUAUAGCCAUGGAGGAAUGUGAUCAAAAGAGAUUGAACGAGUGGUUCUACUCAAAACCCAAAAUCUUCCAAGCUUUGAAUACAGUUUGGCGUCUGAGAAAUGACAUUGGCACCUACGAGCAAGAGGUGAGCAGAGGAGAGGUGGCGAAUGGUGUAAACUGUUACAUGAAACAACAUUGUGUUUCCAAAGAAGCAGCGGUUGAAGAGUUGAGUAAGAUGGUAAGAGAGAAUUACAAGAUAAUGAUGGAGGAGUUCGUGAUGUGCAAAGCUGUGCCUAGACUUCUAUUGCGGCUUGUCAACAUUGCGCGAGUGAUCGAUUUGUUUUACAAGGACGGUGAUGGAUUUAGCCAGCCCGAUCAAAAGCUCAAAGACCUGCUUGUCUCUUUGUUCCUUCAUCCAAUUCCCCUUUGA